AUGGAAGCAAGUCUGGAUUGUCAUGUGUCGAGGAUCAAGAGGAGCCUGUCUGGAUGGGUGGAUGCAAACAAGGCCAUCACCCAACUCCGUGAUGAGUGUGUCGAAUUGGGCGUGUCCUUCAUCACCGGGCGCGCAGGCACUGCCACAGGCUUUCGAACCGACUCGCAGGGGGUGACCCAAGCCGUCGCCACCCUUGCCGGGGUCCCAGUCACGGGCGAUAAGUUCGUGCUUGCGGCGGGUGCGUGGGCGGCCCGCUUGGCGUCUUUCUACAACUCGACCUUGUCUACGGCUCAGAUUGUUGGCUAUAUGCGACUGACCCCAGAAGAAAUGCGGCGGCUGGAGACAUUACCAAUCUACAUCAACUUUUCCACCGAUUGGUUCAAUUUUCCUCCCCACGGAGAGACGCAGCUACUCAAGAUGGCGGUGCACGGCUGGGGUUAUACGCGCAGGCCCGACAAGGAUGACCCAGUGAUCACAGCUGACUGCCUGUCCUCGCCUCCCCUGCAGCCCGCGCGUAGCACGAGACCGAAUUUUGUCCCCGUUGAUGGCGAGUCGCGACUCCGGCAAGGACUGCGUGAGAUCCUGCCCGAGCUUGCUGGUCGCCCUUUCGAGCGGCUUGCCCUCUGCUGGUAUACGGAUACGCCCAGUGGGGAUUUCAUCAUCGACUACCAUCCCGACUACAAAAACCUUCUCGUGGCAGGCGGAGGGAGUGGGCAGUACGUUCUCUUCGAAUCCGAAAAGUUUCAAAUCAGCUGA